GCCCUACAGCUCAACCCAACUCGCAACCGUAACUCAUCGACUUGCCCAAGAUCAGCACUGCAGGACAGAUAAAUCAAAUAGCAACGCAAACAGACAGCCUUAUUGGGGCUUGCAACUAGCGAGCGAGUGAAUAUAGGACUCAUAGAUACAGCGAAACAGAGGAAUCUAGGUGCAGAGUCGUCAUCAUGGCUGACCACCUCGCCUCCAUCUACGGCACCGAAAAAGACAAAGUCAACUGCUCCUUCUACUUCAAAAUCGGCGCCUGCCGCCACGGCGACCGCUGCAGUCGCAAGCACGUCAAGCCCGGUUUCUCGCAAACCGUGCUCCUCUCCAACGUCUACAUCAACCCCAAGAACAUCGAGGGCUGCUCGCUCACCGACGACGAGGUGCAGGAGCACUUUGACCUGUUCUGGGAGGACCUGUUUAUCGAGCUGGCAAAGUAUGGCCAGAUUGAGGAGAUGUGCGUGUGUGAUAAUGUUGGCGACCAUCUGAUUGGGAAUGUGUAUGUGCGGUAUGCGUAUGAGGAGGAUGCGGGCAAGGCGGUGGAGGCGCUGAAUAAUCGGUUUUAUGCGGGGAGGCCGCUUUAUGCCGAGUUGUCGCCUGUCACGGAUUUCGGUGAAGCCUGCUGCCGUCAACACGAAACAGCCCAAUGCACCCGCGGCGGCUUCUGCAACUUUAUGCAUCUCAAGCUCGUCUCCAGGGACCUCGAAAAGGAGCUCUUUGCCGCACAACACCAAUCCCUCCGUCUCCUCAAUAAAGACCAGCCCGACUCCAAGCGCACAAGCACCCGCGAGCACCGUAGCAGGAGCAGGAGCAGGAGCCGUGACAGGGGUCAUCGGAGUUCCAGUGGACGGGGCGAGAGGAGACGUGAGCGGUCGAGAUCGCCGGUGAGGGGAAGACGGGAGGGGGCUGCUGCGUAUGGUGGCGAUGGGUGGUGAACACUUGUGGCGUGAAUGUGAAAUACCCUCAACCCCUGAAUUAGGCAACACUAUGUCACUUUGAUGAGUCCCUUUGUUUUUCGCUUUCUCUUGUGGUUUCGCACAAUUUGUAUCAUAUGUAUUUGUUAAUGAAGAGCACUAUUGAUUGAA